AUACAUACAUACAUACAUACAUACAUACAUACAUACAUACAUACAUACAUACAUACAUACAUACAUACAUACAUACAUACAUACGUGUAUAAAAAUAACUCCUUCAUUUUUUAGUUUACGAACAAAUUGUGAAAAAUGAAGAUUCAACUUGCCAUCGUCAUUUUUUUAAUAACAGCUGUCUUUGCAAAACAUGAGUCGAAUAAACGUCAUAAAAAGUUAGGAAAAGCAUUACAUGCCUCAAAGAACGUUGAAAAAACAACAGUGAAAGAAACUCCAUCGCAAAACAAAACCAAACUCAAUUUUGAGGAGAGCUCUGGAGAUACUAGCGCACAAAAUCCACAAGAUGAUUACGCAACCCCAGCGCCAAUUGGUGAGAAUGAUUUCGAACCAGGUCCAGUUAAUACACCGGUCCCAAUGGGUCAACUAGAUCAAACAGCAUUGCCCACACCCGAAAUAGAACAACCUGGUGAGGUGGCAACUACACCAAAUCCAGACGCUAAUUCUGCAAGUGUGAAUCUAGUUCAAUUCAACCCUGUAUUAACUGAACAACAUAGUUCCGGAAACGGGUGUUUCAGCACCUUUAACUAUUAUUUCAAUACGGCUUCAACCGUGGCCGAACGUAACCAACAAUAUAUUGUCUUAAGAGAAUGUCUCAAGGGAAAGUGUGACAUAUCUACGUGCAACGACCAGCAGUCUAAGUGCAUGAAAGUAGCUCUAAACAAUGAAAACAAAAUAUACGAAUGCAACUUCUACUGGUUUGGAUGUGCUAACGAGAAUUGUUCUCCUUCCCUAUAACUUUUAUAAAUAUAUUCUUAUUUUAUUAUAUAUUAUUAGGACUAUGUAUAAUAUUAUUUUAUUAUAUAUCA